CUUCACCAACUCAGUCUUUUUUCGCCUGAUUCCAGCGAGCCACGGCCCACCGUUGACACGCUUCUUUUCUGUUCUUUACAAGUUCCCUCUUUCUUCCGUUGCCGCUUCGGCCGCCAGAAAACCCUAAUCUCUGCCGCCGUCCUCCGAUCCACGCGAUGGUCCGCGCAUACAAGCACGAGCACAUCUAUCGGCACCCCUGGGACCGUGUGACGACGGCGGCGUGGCGCAAGUUCACGGAUCCGGACACUCCCAACUUCCUCUCCCACGUCGUCGACGUCCACACGCUUCAACGCCGCCUCGACCCCGCCGCCGGUCGCCUCCAAGCCACCCGCUCCAUUACCGUGCGCUCGCCGCCGCUCCCCUUCAUACUCCGCCGGAUUCUCGGUCAGGAGGCCGUUGUGUGCCACUGCGUCGAGACCACCGUGGUGGACGCGCGCGAUCGGUCCAUGGAGAUCGUGAUCCGCAACGCAAGCCUACGUGGCCUGAUCGAGGUGGAGGAGCGGUCCACCUACCGGCCGCAUCCCGAGCGACCGGAGGGGUGGACCGCCUUUCAGCAGGAGACCAGGAUCCGCUGCAAGCCGCUCUCGGCGCUUGCGGCCGUGGCUGAGAAGGUGGAGCACCGUUGUGCCGAGAGGUUCAUGCAGAACAGCGCCAAGGGGAGGGAGUUCGUCGAGCGGAUCUGCAAGUACCUUGAGGCCGACGCCGCUGCCUCCAAAAUUUCUUGCUGAUCGCCAAAAGGGUUGUUGUGGUUGCUGGAAAAGAGGGCAGCAAUGUACCUCUCUUGUUGUUGGGAGAGGGCAACAACUAGGGUUCUUUUACUCUCUUCAUUGGCAACUCCGGCGAGCUGCGAUGAGCUCCGACGGUCACUGCCAAGAAGCAAGGAUGACAAGAGUAGGUAUUCGCUAGAAAAAGAAAGGCAACAACUAGGGUGUUGCUGUUGAAGCUGUCGGAGAAGAAGAGAGGGCUAAAAAUAAAAGAAAACAGAAAUGGAGGAUCUUUCUCUCUUUACCGGUAGCCUUGGCGAGCUUGGCGUGACCACAGCUAGCUCCGGCCGAGCUCCGGCAGCUGUGAUUGGUUGGAAAAGAGAGCAACAACUUGCAGCUCUUGUUACCGGAAGAGGGCAGCGACUAGGGUUCCUUUUUACCCCACCUUGCUUGCAGUCUGGCAAGCUCCUGCAAACUCCGACGAGCUCCAGCGGUGCUGCCAAGAAGCAGGGACAGCAGAGAAGCACAGCAGGGAGCAAGAGAGAAGAGAAAGAGAGGUGUUAGGGGCUGUUGGCCUGAAAAGGCAGCACCUAUGGCUGCUGUCGGUGGCUGUUGGAGGAGGAAAAAGGCAGCAAAGUUGCUGCUUUCCUCUUUGCUGGAAGAGGAGAAGAGGU